UUAGGUUGCGGCUCCCUGCGUGCGCCUAUAACUUUGUGUUGCUGCCCGUGGUUGUUAGGAGGAGGAGGAGGAGGAGGGAUGUGCGAGGAGCCGGCGACCAGCCGAGUGACAGCCUGCUGCUGCUCUUCGGGAGGGCUGCGGCAGCCCGGCUGCUGGGAUCGCUCGGCUCUCGCCAGCCGCUCGCGGAGGCUCCGCCGCUUUCGCCUCCUUCGCCUUUAAAGGGAAGGCUCCGAGGAGCCCAAGGCGCAGGAGCAGGAGGAGCAGGAGCAGCAGGAGCCGUGCGGCAGCGCUGCUUUUGCCUCCCCGGCAAUCGGGAUCGCUGCUGCUGCCGCUGCUGCUGGCGGCGAGGAGGUGGCCGCGGACACCCCCCCCCCCCCCCCCCCGCAUCCCCUCCCGGUGCUGCUCUCCCCCGCUGUGCCCGGGCUCGGGGAAUGACUUGAGCGAAAAGGGGGGAAAGCUGUCAAGAUGGCAGCAGCAGGAGCAAGGAGGUUAUGAGCGUGGUGUUGCUGCUGGAACAAAACCCCUGCUCGGCGGCGGCGGCCCUGGGGAGGGCUGAAAGCUUCCGGACCUGUUGGAAGACCGGCGAUUUGAUCUGCUCCCUGCGAGAAGAAGGAUUUAAUCGGCGAUUUUUUUUUUUUUAAUCGUUAUUAUUAUUUUUUGUUGAAGCCCCCGGGGUGGCCUUCACCAGAUUUUGGGGCGGAGGGGGCACCGCAAAGUGACGGGCUCCCGCUAGCAUGCACCUGGCCGGCUGCAAAGACUCGGGCUCCCUUUAGGGCGCUCUGAAGAAAAGAGGGGAAAAAAAAAAAGAAAAAGGAAAAACCACAAAGUCUCGGCUGUACCCCGAAGGCUCCGGGACCAAAGGGGGUGUGUGUGUGUGGGGAGGGUCCUGUCCUGUCCUGUCCUGCCCGCAUGGAGUGAAGCGCCCCGGGGCCAAGAUGGCAGAGGCGUCGCCCCCCGCCCCGCUGUCGCCGCUGGCCGUGGAGCUGGACCCCGAGUUCGAGCCGCAGAGCCGCCCCCGCUCCUGCACCUGGCCCCUGCAGAGGCCCGAGCUGCAGCCCAGCCCCGCCAAGCCCCCGGGCGAGCCGCCCGCCGACGCCGCCUCCAUGAUCCCCGAGGAGGAGGACGACGACGACGAGGGGGGCGCCUCGGCCAUGGCCGUCGGCGGCGGCGGCGAGGAGGAGGCGGCGGCGGCGGCCGCGGUGGUGCCGGAGGAGGCGGCUCGGCUGCUGGCCCCGCUGCCCGGGGGGGGCUCGGAGGGGCCGAGCUCAUCCCCAGGGGGUGCUGCAGGAGGAGGAGGAGGAGGAGGAGGAGGGGGGCUCGGUGGGAGCCCGGCGGCGGCGGCGGCAGCGCCGAGGAAGUGCUCGUCGCGGCGCAACGCCUGGGGCAACCUGUCGUACGCCGACCUGAUCACCCGCGCCAUCGAGAGCUCGCCCGAGAAGCGGCUCACCCUGUCGCAGAUCUACGACUGGAUGGUCCGCUGCGUGCCCUACUUCAAGGACAAGGGCGACAGCAACAGCUCGGCCGGCUGGAAGAACUCCAUCCGGCACAACUUGUCGCUCCACAGCCGCUUCAUCAGGGUGCAGAACGAGGGCACCGGGAAGAGCUCCUGGUGGAUGAUCAAUCCAGAUGGCGGAAAAGUGGGCAAGGCGCCACGCAGACGCGCCGUGUCCAUGGACAACAGCAACAAGUACACCAAGAGCAGAGGGCGGGCGGCUAAGAAAAAGGCGGCCCUGCAAACGGCCCAGGAGGCAAGCGAGGACAGCCCUUCCCAGCUCUCCAAGUGGCCGGGGAGCCCAACGUCCCGCAGCAGCGAUGAGCUGGACGCCUGGACGGAUUUUCGCUCCCGGACGAAUUCCAACGCCAGUACGAUAAGCGGCCGCUUGUCCCCCAUUUUGGCAAGCACCGAGCUAGAUGAUGUUCAAGACGACGACGCUCCGCUUUCUCCCAUGCUGUACAGCAGUCCAUCGAGCUUGUCCCCCUCGGUAAACAAACCGUGUACCGUGGAGUUGCCUAGGUUGACUGAUAUGGCCGGGACAAUGAAUUUGAACGAUGGACUGACAGAUAACCUCAUGGAUGAUCUCUUGGACAAUAUAACACUCCCUUCCUCCCAGCAGUCGCCCACGGGAGGGAUGAUGCAGAGGAGCUCCAGCUUUCCGUAUGGUUCCAAAGGUUCGGGGCUGGGUUCCCCCUCAAGUAGUUUCAACAACGCCGUGUUCGGGCCCUCGUCCCUGAACUCCCUCCGCCAGUCGCCCAUGCAGACCAUUCAGGAGAACAAGCAGGCCACCUUCUCUUCCAUGUCCCAUUACAACAACCAGACGCUGCAGGAUCUGCUCGCCUCGGACGCGCUCAGUCACAGCGAUGUCAUGAUGACGCAGUCCGACCCGCUCAUGUCCCAAGCCAGCACAGCUGUGUCCGCCCAAAACUCCCGCAGGAACAUCAUGCUCCGCAACGACCCCAUGAUGUCGUUUGCCGCGCAGUCCAGCCAGGGCGGUCUGGUCAAUCAGAGCCUGCCCCAUCACCAGCACCAGUCUCACAGCUCUCCUCUUAGCGGCAGCCGUGCCUUGUCCAAUUCCAUCAGUAACAUAGGCUUGAGUGACUCGAACAGCUUGGGUUCCUCCAAACAUCAGCAGUCACCCGUCAACCAGUCUAUGCAAACACUUUCUGACCCGCUCUCAGGCUCCUCUUUGUACUCCUCUAGCGUGAACCUCCCGGUCAUGGGACACGAGAAAUUCCCGAGUGACUUGGACCUGGAUAUUUUCAAUGGGAGCUUGGAGUGUGACAUGGAGUCCAUCAUCCGCAGUGAACUCAUGGAUGCAGAUGGGCUGGAUUUUAACUUUGAUUCCCUCAUCUCAGCUCAGAACGUUGUCAGUCUGAAUGUGGGGAACUUCACUGGUGCUAAACAGGCUUCAUCACAGAGUUGGGUACCAGGCUGAAGGAUCUUUCAGAACAGGGAAAAAUGGGCAAACAGGCCCUCAAACUGACACGAGAUGUAGAGAGAGAACCCUUUGCCAAAUCUGCUGUCAGCAAGUGGACAGUGAUACUGUUUACAGCUUACGACCUUUGUGAACCCUGCAUUAUUUUCCUAAUGAAGCAGACUGUUAAUAGGCCCCACACCUGAGUGAAGAUCCUCUUCUUUUUUUUUUUUUCUCUUACUUUUUUUUUUUUGGAAUUGAACUCAUUCUGAAGUAUGCAAAAUCUUCCUUUUCUGGGAUGGCCAAGCACCUGCUGUGGAGACAAUGUUCAGCACCAUCCUGUUAAGAACACACUGUGUAGCCUUUACAGUAGUUACUUGUCAAUGAGUAUGUGGUGUUUCAAUAUAUUAAUGGUUUAUGGGAUGUUUUAAGUUGGCUUUUCUUUUUGGAGGUUUUUCCUGUCUGCCCGCCCUCCUCCCCCCCCAGCCUCCAGUUUGAUUUCCUUAGAUUUUUUUUGACCAUUUUUGCUUUCUCUCCCUGGGGAAUCUGAAACACUGCUUACGCUCGAGGAAGCGAUCACAACCCACCGCCAGGGCUUUCCAAAUAUACAGCAUCCAUUACGCCAAGCGACCGGCCGAAUUCCAGAGGGAGGCGAUCUCGUGUGGUCUGUUUGCCCGUUGGGUUGCUUUGUUUCUUUUCCUUUCUUAAUUCUUUUCCUUCAACUUCAUGGUACGCCCCCAUGUUCAAGCAUCGAGCCAGGGCUGAUGGCAAAGCGAGGGAGAACCGGCGAGGGAAACCUCCCGGCUGGUGCUGGCGAGGACAGGACGGACUGACCAUGGGUGCCGCUGCCCUCCUCGCCUCCUGGGCCGCAGGACCCCGCUCGCUGCCCACCAGAGCAGGCUCCCCACCUGCUGUACGUUAGUUAGAAGUUUUAGGCUGAGCUGCCCUUUGCUGCUGGACGCGGUGAGAGUCACCACCCGGAGGGAUCAGUCUGGAGAAGAGAAAAUGAAGGGAAACGCCGCUUCGCAGGAGAGGGGAGCCAACGGGCAGUGCAUCAGCAAGUCACUCGCACAGGUCAUUGCAGUGUGUUAUUGCAUCAGUGAUCCUUUUUUUUUUUCCUUUUUUUUUUUGACAUAUCCUUGAUGAUUUUUUUCCUUCUCGUCGUUGUCUAACCCACUGUGGAAGAAGAAGCAGGAGAGGGAAUGGCAAGGUGACAAUACACAAAUGGCUUUUCAUCCGAGCAUAGAUUAUAACAGGAUAAAUGACACUGAAAGACAAGGCAGUUUUAUAUAUUUUGCUUCUUGAGAUUUUUCUUUUGUAAAAUGAAUAAUAAUUAAUAAUAAUGAAUAAAAGGUAUGGUGCUGUAUAGAUCCUCUCUAUAAUCUGGAAAGUUUGAUUACUUUUUAUUAGUAUCUUGGGGGGGAGGGAUACAAAAAAAAAGAGGGGAAAACACCAAUGGUACAUAAGAACUUGGUAUGAAGACGUUCUGAAUAGGACAGUGUAUACAUAAUUCUCCAAAGCGAUAUAUGACGUUUUGUUUUUGUUUUGUUUUGUUUUUUUCUUUGCAUAAAGGCAUUAUGCAUAUAAAUAUAUAAAUAUAUUUUAUUAUGUACAGAAAUGGAUCAUUAUGCAUGGAUGUUAGGAAAACCGACUAGCAUUUUAACCCAAAGUUUCCGUGCAUGAGCUGCCACCGGUCCGUGUACCAUGCAACGUGGAGUGACUCCCUCGCGCCACUGCCACCGCACACGCACACGCACAGUCAUGCACGCCCACGCCAGCGCUCGUGGGCCCUCCCUCGCUCCUCACGUCCCAGGUCCCCGAGGUGACGUUGGUGAAAUAACAGCUCCCCCCCUAACCCCGUGUGAUGGAAGUUUUGUUCCGUAUCGUAGCCCCCCUCGCGCUCACGCUCUUCCCCUACAGGCGCUCCUCUUGGUUUCGCCCCGUGGUUAUGACUGUGUAAAACUCUGUGCAGUUGUGGUUAUCGUCGCCCCGUAGCAUAUCGACUCUUCCAAGCAGCCGAGGGUUUACCAUCCUCAUUUUUUUAUUUUUAAAAAAAGGAAACUUCUCCCCAUGCCCCGUGGAUUCGGACACAGGACACACCGCGCCCCUACCUUGGAGACUAUCCCAGCACCCACUGAAGAGGGAUGGUCUUGGACAACCUCUUCAGUUUGGUUUGGUUUCUGCUGCUCAUUUUUGUGGCCAAAACUUUCAAACUGAAGUGCCUCACGACGGGCAUCACAAGUCUGGGGCUUGGAUGUGGUGUCACGGGGCUGUCGCUCCUCAAACUGUGGUGCCUCAAGGGCCACCCCGUCCGCAUGCUGAGGUGCCUAAAAAUUGCCCUCGUCUCCAGAGGUGCCGAGCAAAUAAAUGCAUCCUAAUGAAUUGAAAAGGUCACUUGUUUAGGUGUCAAAAUACAGAUAAAAAUUGCUAAUUUGGGGAAAAUACCUUUUGAAAACUUUGGCCUUUUGAGUUUUUGAAUAUUCUCCCGCAUAGUUUUCCCUCUGAAACCACAUAAAACAGAUAACGGCCCAGAAAAUUACACAGGAGUCACUUAAACACUCUGUCUAAACAGAAGGUCUAAGGUGGCAUUUACGCAGUUUCCUACUCACAGUUUUGGGGGUUUAUUUCAUAAUUUUGUCAUUUCUUUUUUUCUUCCUCAUGAGAACAAUUGGAUAGUUGGCCACUGCUUAACUCCGGAAAUCUUUGUGCCACUGCUUCAAAAAGUUAACCUUUUAGGUCAUGUAUUUCUCUCGAAUGAUGUCAUUGCUUGGCAAUCAGUGUCCUGUAAUUGUUUUUAGUACACGAUACGCAUUAGGAAUUGCCAACAGAUGCGAAGGGGGACCAGACACAUUUCGUUACUAUGGGUUGGAAAAAUGGAUUGUACAUUUGGCUUCACAUGUUUAACUUUUUUUAAAAAAAGUUGCAUGAUUGGAAAAAAUAUGUAUACAGUAUCUGUAAAACUGUUUUAUCUGUUUUUGUUUCAAGCCAUGUAAAUUGGAAGAAUAUGAAAUCCACAGCCUUAGCGCGCAUGGCCGUCUUGACAUACCGAAGAGCUGAACAGUUUAUACUUUUCAUUUGGGCUAUCUUGUACUUUCAUUUGAAAGCAGACACUCUCAUGUUGCAGUCUUACUGAGGAUUUUAUAAAAUAAGAAUAAUUAAAAGAUAAAAAAAAAAAAAAAAAAGAUGCUGCCCUGGAUGAAUAUACUACCUUACUACACAGAGAUCGGAAGGAAGUUUGUUUUGGAGCAAAUCCUGCCCCGUUCCAGACGAAGUAGCGACGCAGUGCUUACUCCACUUGGUGUUAGUAGAUAUUGCCUUGUGUAUUCCAUUUUAAAUUGUAAUCUAGUUUGUAAAAGAGAUGGUGACGCAUGUAAAUAAAGCAUAAUGGAUCUCUACAUUGCA